AGUGGCUUUUGUCAAUGGAGCAAUGAGUUACCAAAUAUAGAGAAGGGGUCUGCAGCUUGGCCCCCACAGACUACCAUCAGGAGUAUAAAGCAGCUCAAGGUGCCAUCUCCAGACCCCCUGGCUAGAUCCACACUGGAGCACUAAUCUGACAUCAUGUGCGACGACGAAGAGACCACCGCCCUGGUGUGUGACAAUGGUUCGGGUCUGGUGAAGGCUGGGUUCGCUGGUGAUGACGCACCACGCGCCGUGUUUCCCUCUAUUGUUGGUCGCCCACGUCACCAGGGAGUCAUGGUUGGCAUGGGCCAGAAGGACUCUUACGUUGGAGACGAAGCGCAGAGCAAAAGAGGCAUCCUGACCCUGAAGUAUCCAAUCGAACAUGGGAUAAUCACCAACUGGGACGACAUGGAGAAGAUUUGGCACCACUCCUUUUACAACGAGCUGCGCGUGGCCCCAGAGGAGCACCCCACUCUCCUGACAGAAGCCCCACUCAACCCAAAAGCCAACAGAGAAAAGAUGACUCAGAUCAUGUUUGAGACUUUUAAUGUCCCCGCGAUGUAUGUGGCCAUCCAGGCCGUGCUGUCCCUGUACGCGUCUGGACGCACCACAGGAAUCGUUCUUGACUCUGGUGACGGUGUGACCCACAACGUGCCCAUCUAUGAAGGAUACGCGCUUCCUCACGCCAUCAUGCGCCUGGAUUUGGCCGGUCGUGACCUCACAGAUUACCUGAUGAAAAUUCUAACAGAACGUGGCUAUUCGUUUGUAACAACAGCCGAGAGAGAAAUUGUCCGUGACAUCAAGGAGAAACUUUGCUACGUGGCGUUGGACUUUGAGAAUGAGAUGGCCACCGCUGCUUCCUCUUCCUCUCUGGAGAAGAGCUACGAGUUACCCGAUGGUCAGGUUAUCACCAUCGGAAAUGAGCGCUUCCGCUGCCCGGAGACUCUCUUCCAGCCCUCAUUCAUCGGCAUGGAAUCUGCUGGCAUCCAUGAAACUACCUACAACAGCAUCAUGAAGUGUGACAUCGACAUUCGCAAAGACUUGUAUGCCAACAACGUCCUCUCAGGGGGCACAACCAUGUACCCCGGCAUUGCUGACCGGAUGCAGAAGGAGAUCACCGCUUUGGCGCCCAGCACCAUGAAGAUUAAGAUCAUCGCCCCUCCUGAGAGGAAAUACUCAGUGUGGAUCGGCGGCUCCAUUCUCGCCUCUUUGUCCACCUUCCAGCAGAUGUGGAUCAGCAAACAGGAGUAUGACGAGGCCGGACCCUCCAUAGUCCACAGGAAGUGUUUCUAAACUGCCAUCCGACCCAAUCAUGUUUUCUCAAAAAGUCUUUGUUUACAUAAGAAAAAAUAUUGUUAUAAAUAAACACUCAACCUUGA